GAAACUGUUGUCUCCACGCUGUUUAUCGGAGAGUUUAGUUUAUGGAGUUCCAGCCGUCGUUGCUUGCUUAGUUGGGCUUAAACCAUGGACAACAAACGCUCAGACUCUUCCGGAAAAAAGCAUAAACCAGCGAAGAUCAAAGACGGCGUCGACCCCGCGAAAAACUUUGCGAAAUGGAAGAAACAAUACAACAGGACGAAAGCACGAGUGAAGAAAGAGAAAGCACAGAAGAAGAAGCCCCAGUGGCAGGUCGAACGGGAGUACAUCAACGCGCUGGUCAGCAAGUACGGACACAUCAACAUCAAAGACGCUAUCAAGUUUUCGGACUUCCCCAUUUCAAAGAAAACUUUGCUAGGGCUGCAGGAGGCUCAGUACAGGCAGCCCACGGAGAUCCAGAGACAGACCAUCGGCUUCGCUUUGCAAGGUAAAGAUGUCCUCGGCGCGGCUAAGACUGGCUCCGGGAAGACUUUAGCCUUCCUCAUACCGGUGCUGGAGUGUCUGUACCGACAGCAGUGGAGCUCCAUGGACGGCCUCGGUGCACUCAUCAUAUCCCCCACCAGAGAACUCGCCUACCAGACCUUCGAAGUUCUGCGCAAGGUGGGCAAGAACCACGAGUUCUCCGCGGGGCUCAUCAUCGGCGGAAAGGAGCUGAAGAGUGAGUCGGAGAGGAUCCACCGCACCAACAUUGUCAUCUGCACCCCGGGCCGGCUGCUCCAGCACAUGGACGAGACGGCCACCUUCCACGCCUCCAACCUCCACAUGCUUGUCCUGGACGAGGCGGAUCGCAUCCUGGACAUGGGCUUCGCAGAUACACUUAAUGCCAUCUUGGAGAACCUUCCCAAAUCCCGACAGACGCUGUUGUUUUCCGCCACGCAGACCAAGUCAGUCAAAGACCUGGCCCGGCUCAGCCUCAAGGACCCAGAGUACGUGUGGGUUCACGAGAAGGCUAAGUUCAGCACGCCAGCCACCCUGGAGCAGAGCUAUGUGGUGUGUGAGCUCCACCAGAAGGUCAACAUGCUCUACUCCUUUAUCAGGAGCCACUUGAAGAAGAAGAUCAUAGUCUUCUUUGCGUGCUGCAAAGAGGUGCAGUAUCUGUUCCGAUCCUUCUGCCGCCUCAGACCCGGCAUACCUGUCCUGGCUUUGCAUGGCAAGCAGCAGCAGAUGAAGAGGGUGGAGGUGUACAAUGACUUCCUCAGAAAGCAGAAUGCUGUGCUCUUUGCCACCGACAUAGCCGCCAGAGGCCUGGACUUCCCCGCCGUCAACUGGGUGUUGCAGUUCGACUGUCCAGAGGAUGCAGACACCUACAUCCACAGGGUGGGCCGCACUGCUAGGUACAAGGAAGGUGGAGAGGCCCUACUGCUGCUGCUCCCCUCAGAGGAGAAGGGCAUGGUCAGCCAGCUGGAGGAGAAGAAGGUCCCCAUCAAUAAAAUCCAGGUGAACCCAGACAAACUGCAGAGUGUCCAGCAGAAGCUUGAAGCCUUCCUGGCCCAGGAGAAGGAGCAGAAGGAGAGAGCCCAGAGGUGUUUUGUCUCCUACCUGCGCUCCAUCUACUUGAUGAAGAACAAAGAGGUGUUUGAUGUCUUUAAACUCCAUAUUCAGGAGUAUGCGCUUUCUCUGGGCCUUGCUGUGGCUCCAAGGGUGCGCUUCUUAAAUAAAGCCCAGGCACAGAGGUCUGAGAGAGGCGGGCAGGGAGAGGAAGAGGAGGAGGACGAGGAGCAGUCUGAGGAGGAGGAAGAGUUGAGCAGCUUUAAGGCCCAGCUGAGAGGAAGAGUUCCUCAUGGUGAAGGUCAAAACUCUGAAUCAGAAGAUUCAAGUGAGGAUGAAGAAAGUGGUGACGAACCGGAUGUGGACCAGUCCAGGACACUGCUUCUGGGUACAGGUGACGACAGUGAGGAUGAUGACGAUCUGAGAGACUUGGACCUGCUGACAGUGAAAAGAAAGGAUGUCUUCAGUCUUACAGGGGACCAGGAGAGUCUGGAGGAGCUGUCUAGUGGCUCCAGAAAGAAAGUGGAAAAAGAGACAAAGUUCAAAGAGGCCAAAAAGGUCCUGAAGAGAAAGUUCCAAGUCAACACCAAAGUGACUUUUAGUGAAGAAGGAGAGGCUGUGCAGCAGUGGCCGCCAGUUCAACGGGCAGUGACUGGUGAAGACGAGGAAGAGGAGGAGGUUUCAGGUAUCAAUGUGGAAAAGGCCAAGGAGAGGCUGAAACACGAAGACCAGGAGUUUGACAAGCAGGAGUACAGCCGCAAAGUGAAAGCCAAACACAGAGAGAAGAGGCUCAAGGCGAAGGCAGCCAGGAGGGAGGCCAGCAAGCAGCACGGACAGCAACAUGAUGAGGAGGAGGAGGAGGACGAGGUGGUGGCAUACCUGGCCAAUCAGAGUGAUGAUGAAUUUGACCCCAACACCCUGCCAGACCCUGACAAACCGCACUCUGAGGAGGAGGAGGAGGAGGAGGAGGCGGAUCAGAUGAGCUCAGCUAAACAGCAGCACAGCAGUGAAAGCAGCGACGGGGAAGAGGAGGAGCUCACACCAGGGAAGAGGAAGAAAGCGAGACGGCAGAAUGAUGAGGACACAGUUCUGGACACUGGUCUCUCUCUGGCUGAGGACGAGGAGUUAGUCUUGCAUCUCCUGGGAGGACAGAAAUAGAGAAACCAUUAUGAACUCAUCAGUUAAAUCAGUUGUAAAAACAAAGUCAGUUUAAUCAUCAGUGCUUCAGUGUUAAUUCAAUGUAUUAAAACCCCUGGUUCAGUGUUUCUUCAGAACCUCGUGAACUGGUAAAUGAUUCAGUUUGAGUUUUGAGUUUUUUGUCACAGUCACAGAGGGUUUUAUGCCAGUUGGGUCUUCAGAUUGGAUCUUCCUGUUUCCUCUCCCUCUUGCUUCUCUCUUAGAGUUCUGGUGUAUCAAUGCAGAACCACCUCCAUCAUGAGAUGGACUGGGGGUCUUAUAACUAAUAAUAUAUUAAAAACUGAACAUGA